AUGAGCUGUGUGGAAGCCUGCCCGGAGGGGCACUGGUCGUCGGGCGGGUUGUGCACCGUCUGCGGGGAUGGCUGCCAGGCCUGUUCGGAGGCUUCGAAAUGUGACCGAUGCCAGGAGCAGCACUUCGCGGAUGGCAAUGGGGCAUGUCGCCAGUGCGGUGACAUGUGCGCCUCUUGCAGUGGCCCCCAGACGUGCGAUGCCUGCCUGCCGGGGGGGUACUUCCUGAGCCCGGAUGCUCAGGUGGCGUCGCCCUGUGUGGGGGUGUGCCCGGAGGGGCGGUUUGCCGAUGCGGUGUCCGGCCGGUGUGCCUCCUGCCCGACCGAGUGCGGAACGUGUGUCAGCGCGGUCGAGUGCGAUUCCUGUGCCCCGGGUCACGGGUGGAUUCCCCGGUCGGCGGUCGAGUGCUCGGCGUGCCCGGAAAAGUGCGACUCCUGUGCCCGGAGCACCGCCUGUGACACUUGCGCGGAGGGGUUCUUCGUGACAUCGACCGGCGGAUGUGCGGCCACCUGCCCGGCGGGGGCCUUCGCCGAUGUGGCCACCGGCCGGUGUGCUCCGUGCGAUGCGACCUGCUCCAGGUGUGAGGGUGCCUCGGCUUGCAGCACGUGCGAGGAGCCACUGGUCUUCCUGGGUGCCAUUGGGCAGUCCCUGUGCGUGGGGGUGUGCCCGGCCGGGCUGUUCGCCGAGGCCGGCCGGUGCAUGGAGUGCCAUGCGUCGUGCGAUCUGUGCACCGGGGCCGCGAACCGGUGCCAGGCGUGUGCGCCGGGGUUCCGCUGGGCCGACGGUGCGCCCGGGGCCGGGGGCAGCGGCAUGUGCACCGCCUGCCCGGACGGCUGUCGAGCAUGCGACCGGGACAUUUGCAUCGACUGCGAGGAGGAGCUCUUCCUCACUCACCAGGGGGCUUGCGUGGCGGAGUGCCCGGCGGGGACCUUCGGCGAUGGCCAGUCCAUGACAUGCCAGCCGUGUGCGCUGGAAUGCGACACCUGCGCGGGCGACGGGGCCGGCCGGUGCACCGCCUGUUCGCCGGGGCUGGAUGCCGUCCCGGCGGAGGGGCCAUGGGUGACAUGCGUGCCGGCCUGCGACCCGGGGAAGUACCGGGACCCGGUGGGACAGCAGUGCGUCUCGUGCGACGCAUCGUGCCUGACAUGCAACGGCCCGUCCGAUGGCGACUGCUGGCAGUGCCCGGCCAAUGGCCAAGUCCUGCAGGAUGGCAUGUGUCAAAUUGAGUGUGCGCCGGGCUUCGUCCCGGUGGCCGGGCGCUGCCUGCCCUGCCAUGCGUCAUGCCGGACAUGCUCCGGGCGCCGGCUGGACGAGUGCACCGAAUGCCGGGAGGGCUUGCAGGCCCUGCCGGCGGAUGGCCCGACCGGCCGGUGCGUCAACGCCUGCCCCCUGGGCAGCAGCCAAACCGCCUCCGGGUGCGUGGCCUGUGGGGCCCAUUGCAGCAGCUGCCCCGACGGGGCGGCCAUGUGCUCGGUGUGCGCGCGUGGUUGGCUCCGGGCGGGGGGGGCAUGCAUCGAGGCGUGCCCGGGCCGGAGCUUCCCCUUCGGCGGCCAGUGCGACCAGUGCCAUGAGUCGUGUUCCACAUGCAGCAAGCAUGGCCCGGAGCACUGCCUCGCGUGCGAGGUGGCCACCCGGCUGCUGUAUGAUGGCCAGUGCAUGGUGGCCUGCCCGGUGGGGACCUUCCCGGAGGCGAUGUCCUGCCUCCGGUGCCACGCGACGUGUGCCUCAUGCACCGGGCCCCGGAGCACCGAGUGCACGAGCUGCCAUGCGGGCGGAUUUCUCCAUGACAAUGCCUGCCUGUCCGCCUGCCUGGCCGGGUAUUAUGGCGACGCGCAUGGAGCGUGCCAUCGGUGUCAUGAGUCGUGCUUGACCUGCACCGGGCCCGGGUCGAAGGGGUGCACUGCAUGCCGGGAUCCGGGGCUGCUAGACCGGGGCCAGUGUGUGGCCGACUGCCCGGCGGGGCGUUACUCCUGCAUGGGGUCGUGCGCGGCCUGCGGCGAGCAGUGCGCCCGGUGCACGGCCAUGGCCAAUGGAGCUGAGCCCGGCUGCCGGGGGGCCUGCGACGAAUGUGAGCCGGGCUCGGUGCUGGCCUUCGCCAGUGGCCAAUGUGUGGACACCUGCCCGGAGGGGGAGUUCCAGCAGGCCACGGGCGUCUGUGCGCCAUGUGAGAGUCCCUGCCACACGUGUGAUGGCGAGGCGACCCGGUGCACCUCGUGCCGAGAUGCGUCACUGUGGCUGCAUGUGGACGCCGGCGUUUGCGCCAGCGAAUGCCCCGAGAGGGGCCGGGCUCCGGCAGAGCUGACCCCCGGGCCGGGGCGCGUGUGCCUGCCCUGUCCGCGGGACUGCCUGCGGUGCGAGUAUGCUGCGCAGGGUGGGUGCCUCCUCCGGCCGGGCGGGGCGGCGGCCUGCCCGGCCGGAGUGGUGUGCACUUGGUGCGAUGAGUCCUUCCUCCGGGGAGCGGAUGGCGCGUGUGUGGCCGACUGCCCGGCGGCCGGGUUCUUCGCCGAUAGGGAGGCCGCCCCGCCGGCAUGCAUGGCCUGUCACGCCCGGUGCGAGGCCUGCACCGGGCCCGACGCCGAGGACUGUCUGGCUGGUGGGUGGUCCGGUCGGCGGGUGGCCCUGGCCCUGGGCCUCGGUCUGGGCCUGCUGCUGCUGGUGCUGCUGGCGCUGCUGGUGGUAUUUCUCUUUGUGCGACUGCGCCGCCGGCGAGGCGCCCGCGCCAAGGAAAACCUCGACGCCCUGGACGACGACUCGACCAUGAUGAACACGAUCGUGGAGCUGUCGCUUCCCGGGAGCAUUUUGGUGAAUGUGGCGCAGGACUUUGCCCCGAUCGGGGGGGACCCGCUCGGGGCCGGGACCCAGGCGUCGGUGUUCGCCGCGCGGGUCGUCGGGCCCGGCAUCGGCGAGCGUCUGGGCUGCACGGGCACGGUGGCCAUCAAGCAGAUGAAGGUGGCCCGGAUGCGACCUGCACAGCAUGCCCUCUUCCAGGGGGAGGUGGCACUGAUGUGGCUGCUGCGCGAGGCGCCGAAUGUGGUCCGGCUGUAUGGGUACAGCGAGCAGCCGCCGGCCAUCGUGAUGGAGUGCUUCGAGACGGAUCUCCGGGAGCUGCUGCACUCGGAGGUGCCGCUGGCCGAGGCCAGCCUGCUGGACAUCUGCCAGCAGUGGGCCUCCGGGCUGGAGGCCAUGCACCUGGCCGGGGUGGCGCACUGCGACCUGAAGCCGGGGAAUGUCUUCAUCAGCCCGGGGCCCGGGGCCGGGUGGCGGGCGGCCCUCAGGGACCUGGGCACCAGCCGGAACCUGAAUGCCAACCGGAUGUCGGCCCUCGUGAGCCGGGCGCCGGAGCUGAAUGCGCUGACCGCACGGUAUGCCGGGCCGGAGGUCCUGGCGGCCUUCCGCCACAAGCGCUCCAUGGACCCUGCGCUCUUCCUGAUGGCCGAUGUCUACAGUGCGGCCAUCAUGCUGUGGGAGUGCCUGACUCGCCGUCUGCCGUGGGCCGGCAUGGGCUUCGAGGACAUUGCGUCGAGCGUGCUGGCGGGCGAGCGUCCGGCUGUUUCCUUCUCCGGUCCCCUGGCCGACCUGCUGGCGAUGGCGUGGGACGGCGAGCCGCACAGCCGGCCUCCGGUGGUGGCCCUCCGGCAGAAGCUGGCCAUGGCGUGUAUCGCGGCCUCGAAUGCCUCGUCGGAGUAA